UUGCUUUUCUAUCAGAUGUAAAAUGGACGAGCGGUCGUGUUGUUGUGCGCUCGCAAACUCCGCGUGGUUGUUGUAAAAUCGAUGUUUAUUUUGACGUGAAUACGAAUAUUGUUUACGCGAUCAUUCGACUACUUCGGAGUACGGUUUCCGAAGGAGAUUGUGUUGUGCAUGUGUUUUAUUUGACGCUUACGCUCACUUUACUUGCAGUGAUUUUGCUGAUAGCUCACUCACCGGUGGGUGCGCGCGUGAAAAACUACGUGUUCGUUUAUAAAAAGCGAAUAUUCCUUAAGUGAUUGUGUUUUACCAUCAUGCUGUGCACGGUGACAUAGUGAACGUUAAGUUGACCCUGACCUCUGACAAUCAUGUCUGGGAGAUCGGAUUGCAGGAAAUUUGCACCAAACAUCUUCAAUAAAAGCAAGUGCACUAAUUGCUUCCGACAAAAGGAGGAGCAUAGUGCCGAGGCCUUGGAAUCUAAUCGGGCCAGUCGAAAGAUAUCAAAAUGCGGAUAUCUUUUCGUGGCGCCGGGCUGGGACUUCUCCAAUCCGCUCUACAGGACAAAGAGAUGGCAGCGGAGGUGGUUCGUUCUAUACGACGACGGAGAGUUGACGUACUCUUUGGACGAACACCCAGACACAGUCCCGCAGGCGAGCGUAGACAUGACGUCCGUGCUGGAGGUUAGCGAGGCGGAUGGAGUGACGGGGCACGCACACAGCCUCGCCAUCACAUCGCCCGAUCGCGUCACCUUCGUCAAAGGCACCAGCCGCGAGGAGGCGCGCUGGUGGGCCGACAUACUCAGCAUGUACCCCAGGAGUAAGGGUCGACACAAACGAAACGCCACCUUCCCUGGAGGUCAGACUGGCAGCCUGCUGCAAUCUUCCACAACGAGAAAGUAUUCUGCGGAUGCGUCGACAUUGCGCGACGCGGCGGAGGGUUGCGGCGCGAGCGUGCCGCGGGCGCGGUGCUGCGCGGGCGCUACCACGUGGCCGGGGCCGCGCGUGCAGCCGCCGCAGCCAGAGAUCGCCAGCCUCGCGCCGCCGCCCAACAUCGAUACCAAAGGUAGCCCAAAUAACAUUCAUCCACCCCCGGCGUCGCCUAUCCUUAGUCGCACUCCGAUCUCCAGAGUUAAGGAAAAGGUUCGCGCUAGAUCCUGUCAUCAACCACUGAUGAGAACGGACUUCAAAGACGAAAAGGACGAAAUAGAUUCUACCAAAGACCGCUCCAUAAACGAAGUGGACGAAAACGAGAAGCCAGCCGAGCAAAGAAAGCGAAGCUACAUUUCGACUAUUGACAAGCAGGCGAUAGAAAUUGACGAUUUACGAAAACAGCUUAAAUUAGCUCUGAGUGAUGUUAAUGCGGCGGAAUCUGAGCUUGCGAGACUGCGAAAACUGAAAUCCGAGGCGGCGCUACGAGAAAAGAAAAUGGAAGAACUCGUGACGACAUUACAAAAGAAAGAGGAAGAACUUUCUUUACGAACUAAAGAAGCAGAGAACUUAAACGCGAUAAAGCAGCUUUACAAUCAGGAUAAGACCACGUGGGAGACAAAGCUAUCGGAAACCCAACAGUUUUUAAAGGAAUCGACGGAACACUGCGAGUUACUUACGAGGCAGCUAACAUCAGCACAAGAAAACAUUAAACAGUUGCAAAGAGAAUUGAACGAACUCAACGAAAAACUUCUUAAAAGUGUUAAAGAAAAUGAAAACUUAUACGCUAGGAUUAGAGAUUUAGAAGGUCGUGCGGGAUCAGAAUCCCCAUCUAAAGAAAAGAGGAAGAGUAUCGGAUCCCUUAGCGAUCUUACAAACAUAAAACAAGAUCUUAAUUUAGACUCCUUGGAGAGGAAUAGGCUCAUCGAGGAAUACGUUGAACUAAGAGGAAGGUUCUUAAAAGCAAUUCAAGAAAUCAAAGCCAUGAAGAAGGAGCUUCGAGAGGCAAAUAAUAUGUAUGACGAACUUGAAAUAACGAAUAUGAAGUUAAGAAAUGAAAUGAAGCUUAGAGAGCAAUGUAGCAGAUCAGAAAUAAAUCUGAUGGCAGCCAAAGGUGAAGCGGUUCCCACCAUACAGUCUCCUUCCAAAAGUGGAUCACCUGCCAAAGAAAAACCAACAAAAAGUGAGAGUAUUACGGACGAAAAGCGUUUGAAAAGGUUAGCAGCGCGAUUAAGAAGAAAAUCAUUAGAUAGCGCUACUAGUUCGGAACCAAUGAAAAUGCUAGUCCGUCUGAGUUCAUUAGAAACCAAAAUUUCAUCGGCCAUUGAAAAUCGACGAGAUUUAACGAAUUCUUGUGAAUCCUUAAGCUUAGCAAGCACAACUACCGGGACCUCCGUCUCCCCGGAAAAUCCCUCACUGAGCGAAAGCCAAGAGAACUCAAUCGGUACACAAUCACAAAGGCAUCUGCUCGAUCGAUUACAGAGUCUUGAAAAUGUUGUGAUACAUUCGAGAAAUAAAGUAAAUGAAUGUCUUUGCCAAAUGAGUGCCAUGCGGGCGGCGAAAUCCCGACGAUCCCCGUCGCCGAGUCUGGAGAAAAAAUAUAGCAUUAAAUCAAUGGAGAAAUGCUUGUCAGAUGUCAGUAAAAGGUUACAGGAGUGCUUCGACAAGUGUGUUGUGGAGUGCCAAGACAAGGAGGAGAUAAACGACAACGUCGCGGAGGUCGUCGUGCAGCUAGAAGAACAAUUAAGAACGAAAUUACUAGAAAUAUCUAAGAAAAAGGCAGCUCUGUACGAGGCCGGCGAGCUGACGCAACGAAAGAGCUUAGAAUUACUGGCCGAGAAGUUGGCGUACGAGGCGGUCCUCAUCGGUAGGAUACAAGAGGCUCUGCAAUCUUCCAACGGAAGCAAAUUUUUCGCCAGGUUAAUAAAGUCUGAAAUAAACGAAACUAGUCAACUAAUCGAUAACCUUAAGUCUAAGAUUAACGGCGAAAAUUUCAAUAAUGUCAAUAACACGAAGAGCUCGCUCGACUACCUAGCGAGGAUACUGUCGCGGAAAAUCGACAUAAUGAAUAACAAAGAAACAAAGGAGUUCAGAAAAUCUGAAUUAAUAAUUCAAAGCGCCGAUCUCGAGGCUCUGAAGGCCUCACAGAGGGAAGUGGCGGAGGCUGUCGACAAGUACAAGACGGAGAAAUUGGCGGAGCUGUGCUCGGCGCUGGCC